AUGAAGCCACCUCAAUCCAUCAACCACUCCGACACACCUGGGCUCGCCGGCUCUCAUCUCGAACGUAUGAAUGAUUACGCAUCCACACUGCCGGCAAUGCUACGCCUUCCACGCGAGCUGAGAGAUCUCAUUUACGAGCAUUACGUCCAGGUCGACGGUGGCUACAUCCACAACUUCGAGACGAACCGACUCCUACAGGCCGACGGUUUCCCUAUCUCCACCGGGCUCGCUCUCACAUGCCGCCAGAUUGCAGCCGAAUUGCGAGGGCUCGCGCUCAGGCAGAAUACCAUCACCUUCUACACCCACUUCUCAGAGUCCACACGACAGCAAGCCGGUCUAUUACACGGAUCGAUGUAUGUUAUAAGGCACCGCAAGCACAUGCUGCUACGACACCUCAUACCUCGGCUUCUUUCUAGCGACAUGGUACAAAGGGCAAUUGACGCAUACCCGCAGUUCACUCACGUUUUUGACGAUUGGACUCCGCCCCGGGAAAUCUUCGCUUUGUACAAGCAUGAGUUUGACUGUGGAGAAGCUCCAUCAACGUGGGAAGAUUUCAUCAACUGCGUCUUCAGUCUGCUGUCGGACCACCCCACAUGUCAAGACGAAGCAGAUUCUAUGCCUCAUCAUUGGACCGAGGAGGCUCCCUGGAACGUUUCAGCUCUGGAUGAGGCCUGUCCAGAAUCAUGGCUCAUACCGACUACUUCCGAAAUCAACAGACUCGCAAGCAUCGCGGAUGUCGAAGUCGGAACGCUAUAUUCCUCUCGUUUGGAGUACCGCUACUCGGCGGCGUCCGUAGCCCUACGCUUCCUCCACGCGAUUCCGUCGUCGUCCCGCAACGAAGUGCGGAACGUCGUACUUCACGAAGACUGCGAAUCGAUCGCGAAUGCGGCGUCUCACGGAAGAGGAUUCAUCCCUUUAUGUCGAUCUAACCAGCGUCUGCGCGUUCAGCGUAUCGUGAACGUCUGGAGCAGCGUGUUUCGAGCGGGGCCUGGAUCACUUAUCAAAUACCUAAGCGCGUUCAGGGAGAAUAGUGAUAUCGUGAAAGAUGACCGUCUGCUCUCAUCGACAAUCACCAAGGCAGUGGGGGCGUGGAUCGUUGAAGCCCAGGCAUUAUCGUCACUCGGGAUGCCCCAGGAUUCGUUCAGCGUGCUGCUGGAUGGCAGCCCUACGCCCAGACACACUUCUACUGUGUUCAAGAUCGUACAGCGAGACGUUGCCUGGCAAUUGGCUCUCGAUGCUGCAUAUGCUCGCGGACUCUUACCCACUCCUUUAUGGUAUGAGCGACGAGCUCGCGUUGGAUACCAGUACGAAGGGCUUCCAGCAGCGAUCCGCGACAUGUCAAUUGGCAAUGGGCCAACCAGCUGCAAUUUCGAUACGGGUGCACCGGUCGACGUUGAGAGCAUUCUUGAGCUGCACCGUGGUUGGUCUUUACAACAGUGGCAAUUGAGUUGGGACUGGCACCAGCCGCAUAGCUUCCAAACCGAGGACCCGUUGCCUUUGUGGCAUGUGCUCAAGUGGCUGCGGGUGAUGCUGUAG